AAAAUUUAGAUUUGUUUAACUUGGUGCUCAACAGUUGCGAUACAAUUAGCCCGCCGGGUUCGCUACUGGUUGUGAUUCUUGCGUGAUGCCGAAAUUGGUACCUGUAUCUGUUCUUACGAAGGAUGCCCAGUUGGACUUCACAUUGAAGCGCAAGGCCUCUGGGGCACAGCUCGUCUCGAAAGUUUGCACAGCUCUUGGUAUUAGAGAGAUGUGGUAUUUUGGUCUUCAGUGUGUGGACCACAAAAACAGACUUACGUGGCCAGAGGCCGAUAAGAAGAUUACGACAACGCAAAAAAUCAAGGAUGGCCCACUGCAUUUUGACGUCAAAGUGAAAUACUAUCCAGAGGACCCUUCGAAUGAACUUAUUGAUGAAACAACUCGUUUGUAUUUUUACUAUGAUGUUAAAGACGACAUAGUCAGUGGGAGAAUUUAUUGUCCUGCAGAAACUGCUGUUUUAUUGGCUUCUUAUCAAUAUCUUAUUCGCAGUGAGGGAAAUGGUCCAUCCACCGUCAGAAAACCCCUUAACAUCUCCAAAUACCUUUCUGCAAAUGUACGUGAACAAUAUAAUCUAACUGAUGAAGAAUGGGAAGCCAAAGUGAUGAAUUGUGUUUCUUCGCAUAAAAAUAUGUCCAAGGACGACGCAGUAAAGGAAUACAUAAGAAUUGCUCAAGAUCUAGAAAUGUUUGGAGUUACAUUUUUUAAAAUAAAAAAUGAAAAAAAGACUGACUUGUGGCUUGGUAUUGAUGCUUUAGGUUUGAAUAUUUAUGAAUAUGACAACCAAUUAGCACCAAAGGUUACCUUUCCAUGGAAUGAGAUACAAAAGUUAUCCUAUUCUCGCAAUAAAUUUUUCGUCAAGCCUGUUGAAGCUUCUGGGAAGGUUCUCGUAUUCUACACGGAUAGUACUCAUACAUCUAAACUUAUUCUAAACCUAUCUACAGGCAACCAUAAAUUAUAUGCUAUUCGACGUCAACCCGAUUCGAUUGAAGUUCAACAAAUGAAAGUAAAAGCUAAGGAGCGACAGACUAUACGUGAUGCUGAAAGGGAAAAACUACGUGCUGAACAAGAAGCGAGAGAAGUAAUGGAAAAACGACUACAAGAUAUGCAACGUUUAAUGCAAGAAAACGAGGAAGCAUUCGCACGUACGCAAACAGUUUUAGAACAAUAUGAAUGUAAAGUUAAUGAAUUGAAUGCACAACUUGAAGAAGAAAAAAGUGCACGAAAACAAUUAGAAAACUUACAGUAUUAUCUAGAAGAAGCAAAUCGCAAAUUAGGACUGUCAAUCGAAGAGCGUCAGCGUAUAGCACAGGAACGCGAUGAAAUCAAUGCCAAAAUUAAUGAGCAAAACCAACUACUACAGGAGCGAGAGGAAGAAAAGCGUCAGUUUGAGGCUGAACUGGCUCGCGUUCGAGCUAUGCAUGAGGCAGAAAUGGACCACUUCAGUGAACAGAAACAAGAAUCUGACGAAUGCGAACUGGAGGCAGUCAAUAAUGUUGAUGAGGAUUUACGUCAGUCCAAACAAGAUACUGAUGAGGAUCAUGCGACACGCCUUAAAUUAUUACGACAAGAUUUAAGCUCUGUUCGAAAUCCAAAUAAGAUGCAAGCGAUCGACAUUCAUUAUGAGGAUAUCGUAAGCAAAGGUAUGGAUAAAUAUCGUACACUAAGAGCUAUACGUGAGGGGAAUACGAAAAAACGAGUUGAUCAAUUUGAAUCCAUGUAGUUCGUAUAAUUGGUUGGCAUACGUGUAGUAAGUAGAAAAGAAUUCAUUUGUUAAUUAAACUAUUUGUUUCGCUUGUGUAAUCAAACAUUCCAUGAGGAAACGCCAACUGAAUUACUGUCGAGCUGUUUUACUCAAGUCAGAUUAUAUUUGUGUUUUUUUCCUCGCUUUCACAUGUUGCACGUUUAUAUUUUUUUAUUGCCGUUAACAUUGUAAUAGGAUGAUAAUUAUCUCAUGAUUUUGGUGUAAACACUACUUGAUUGUAAAGAAAAACAAUUUUAGCCUUGCAACAUCUUAUAAAAUAUUUUGCUUGUAGCUUUUCCGUUAUCAUCCUUUUUUGCUCAAUAUUUUUAUAUAUAUUCGUUGUAUUUGUUUAUUAUUGCUUCUAUUAUUGUCAAUUGUUACUAUCGUUAAUGCUAAUCCACUACCUGAUGAUACGUCUCACGCGUAUUCUAUGCAAGACUAAAGAAAUAUAUGGUGAAUGAGAUCACAAAGAAGAUUUCGUAUCACAGAGAUUAAGACUAUCACUGCUGUUCUGAAUAAUUCAUCAGCACAAAAAUUGGGAGUUAUCCUUACAUAUAUGAUAUAAAUAUAUGCCUUCUUAGUACACACGUAUACUUAUAUAUAAGAUGUCUUUUAUCCCCUGUCCAAUGUUUUUCCAUAUUUCAUGAGAAGUCAGUGCCUAUUUUCUGUGACCAGUUUUCCGCCAAUUGGUUGGAACAUGUAGACAACUUUAAAUACACUAAUGAUGCAGUGAUUUGCAUAAUAACAUAUGUCUAUCAUAAUAGGAGUAUGCACAGACAGAAUUUAGUAAAACAACUUCGCCGAA